CUGCCCGACAUGGAGGCAAAGCAAACUUCUGAUUGCAACAAGCUCUUAGAGAAUACAACAAAAGCUGAAACAGGCCAGACUCUUUUCACUAAACUUUCUGUGAAAGCACUUUUUGGAUUUCCAGAUAAAUUGGACUCCAGGGCAUCAGAAGAACAAGCAGUUCUUAAAGCAUUUCGAAAUGUUAAUGGUGAUAUCCAUAUUGACAGCCAGGAAGAGGGGAACAAUAUUGGUCAUGAUGAGGCUCCAAGAAUAGCUGGUCUUCCAGAAGUACUACAAGCAAAGUGUGAAAUACCACAAAGCACAAAUAAUGUUCUAGCUACUCUGGAUGCUGGUACUGGCAGCUUAUUUGCUUUAGAUAGCAAUGCUACUUUCUCAGUGUUCUCAGGGGUGCUAGGCCCCUGUGAUACAUCUCACCUUGUGCAUGCUGCUGGUGCCUCAGGUGACCCUGAAGCUGAUGUUGACACCACAAUUGACUCUGAAGCCAACUCUGGUUUCCCAGAUGACUGCAAGGCUGGUGCUGGCAGCCCAGCUGACUUGGAACCGAAGAAGCCUGAGGAGAAGGAGCCAUCUCUUUGUAGUACCGAAUUGCUACAUUCGCCUUUGUCUGAAUUCAGCAGAAAAAACAACAAGGAUGUCAUUCUUGUUCAGGGUACUUUGGUUCAUACAACAAGUGACACAGAAUCAGAUGAUGAGGCCACAAAUAUACACUGUGAUGAAAACACAAAAAGUGAAUCUAUGUUCAACAGUGCUGUGACUUUGCAGGAUAAUGACCAGAGUAAGGAAGAGCAGGAAACAGGAGGAUAUAGACAAACUGGUGAUACUACAAGUGGAGACAAUACAGAACUAUCUCUACCAACUUCUAAACUGCCUGUAACAGCAAUGGAUGAUACGCUACAGGAAAUUGGCUCUGAUAGUGAAAACAUAAUGCCGGGAGAUGAGUACAGUAUUAGCCUUCCUACUACAGGAGAAGAUGCUCAGGAGUCUGGAGAAGAUCAAGGAUCUCUGGCAAGCAGUUCUAGUAGUGUAUCUAUCAAAAAGCCAGUUGCAACUGAAAAGUCCUUUCAGCUUCCAGCAUUCUUUAGUGGAUUACGUGUACGGAAAAAAGGACAGUCCAGAGAUCUGGGGGAAAGUGUAACUGAAAUCAAACAGAAGGACAGUGACUUGGCUAUGAUUAAAUUAAGGCAGCCUGUAAAAAAAUCCCAUAUUGCACCUGAUCUGUUAUCUAAAAGGAAGCUAUCUGAGCCUAAAGCUAGUCCAACCUUUCUGGAACAACUCUCUCAACUUUUAGGGCCUAAAAAUGAUGAUAAAGAUUCUGUUGAGGUAACAAGUGACUCUGGAGGCAGUGAUAGCAGUCAAGAAAGCAAAUCAUCUAUGCGAACAGAACCUUCAAACCCCACUGAAGAAUUUAAACCAAGUCCUGCUGAGUCAGCUCUAGAUGCAUUCAAAGCUUUAUUCACGCGCCCUCCCAAAAAAGAAACAACUGCAGACACUUCAGAGCUAGAAGCAAUAAAACGCAAAAUGAGACAUGAAAAGGAAUCUUUGAAGGCAAUAUUUGAAAGGUCAAAAACAAAAUCUGGGGAUGGAGCAAGCGAUACAAAACCAACUGAUGCAAGCUCCUCGGAACAGGAUGACAAGACUCCAGGAAGACUCCAGACUAUCUGGCCACCACCCAAAGCUAAAGAUGAAGAAGAGAAAGUUGGAUUAAAAUAUACUGAAGCAGAAUACCAUGCUGCUAUUUUGCACUUAAAGAGGGAGCACAAAGAUGAAAUUGAAAAACUGAAGACUGAGUUUGAACUCAAAGCCUUUCAUAUUCGAGGAGAACAUGCUUUGUCAACUGCAAAGCUUGAGGAAGAUAUUGCAGAUUUAAAAAAUGAACUGGAGAAAAUAUUAUACAAGAGAAGUGAGGAAGCAAAAGAUGCCUGUGUAUCCACUGAAGAUGACUCUCCACCAAAGACAUACAGAAAUGUAUGCAUACAAACGGACAGGGAAACUUUUAUAAAGCCAAGUGAAGAUGAAAACCGGACAGUCAAAACUAACCAAACAAUACCUAAGAAACUUAAUAUACCUUGCUUGAAUAACAGCAUUUCUGUUUCAGUUGAUCAUAAAGAAACAUGCAGUUCUGGCCAUGCCUCAGGAAGGUUUCCACCACCACCACCUCCUCCUCCUCCACCACAUGGUCCAAUUCCUCCAGCACCAGCCUUCGAAACCUCCUAUCCACCCCCACCACCUCCACUUCCUGUAUCUUUGGUGACUCAUCACCUUCUACCACCUCCACCACCAGGGCCACCUCCACUAGGAGGAGGACCACCUCCUCCUCCACCACCUCUUGGUAGCAUAUUAUCAAACCAAGGUCCUCGGAAACGUGCUGUUGAGCCCACCUGUCCCAUGAAACCACUGUACUGGACUAGAAUACAAGUCAAAGAUUACAGCCAAAGCAUAGGACCAACUCUGUGGGAAUCAUUAGAAGAACCCAACAUAUAUGAUACUGGUGAAUUUGAAUACUUAUUCUCCAAAGAAACAGCUCAGGAAAAGAAGAAACCAUUAUCAGAUUCUUAUGAAAAGAAAAUGAAAACCAAAAAGAUUAUCAAACUGUUGGAUGGAAAAAGGUCUCAAACUGUAGGAAUUUUGAUAUCCAGUUUGCAUUUGGAGAUGAAGGAUAUACAACAAGCUAUACUAAAUGUGGAUAAUUCAAUAGUAGAUCUAGAAACACUGGAAGCACUGUAUGAAAAUAGAGCACAAAGGGACGAACUGGAGAAAAUAAAGCAGUAUUAUGACACUUCAAAAGAAGAAGAAGUAAAAUUCCUGGACAAACCAGAACAGUUUUUGUAUGAGUUAUCCCAAAUCUCCAAUUUUGCAGAACGGACCCAGUGUAUAAUCUUCCAGUCUGUUUUCAAUGAAGGGAUAACUGCAGUACACCGUAAAGUGGACAUUAUUACUUGUGUUUCUAAGGAGUUGGUGGAUGUGAAAACCGUGAAAGAAAUUUUAGGUUUAAUUCUGGCUUUUGGGAAUUACAUGAAUGGAGGAAAUAGAACACGUGGUCAAGCUGAUGGUUUUGGUUUGGAAAUCCUUCCCAAACUGAAGGAUGUUAAAAGUAGAGAUAAUAAAAUUAAUCUUGUGGAUUAUGCUGUGACAUACUUCCUACGCCAUUGUGACAAGGAUGCAGGAACAGACAAGAGUGUGUUUCCUUUACCAGAACCACAGGAUUUAUUCCAAGCAUCCCAAGUAAAAUUUGAAGACCUAAUAAAAGACUUAAGGAAACUGAAGAGAGAUCUUGAAGUUUGUGAAAAACAGAUGAAAGUGGUUUUCAGAGACUCACCAGAAGAACAUAUCCAGCCGUUUAAGGAUAAAUUGGAAGAUUUUUUUCUCAAAGCUAUAGAAGAACAUAAGAUCGAGGAGAGCCAUUUGGAGAAUGCACAAAAGUGCUUUGAAGAAAUGGUGAGAUAUUUUGGGAUAAAGCCAAAGUCUGGUGAGAAGGAGAUUGCACCAAACUACGUUUUCACAGUGUGGUAUGAGUUCUGCAGUGACUUUAAGACCAUUUGGAAACGAGAGAGCAAAAACAUUUCCAAAGAAAGACUCAAAGUGGCCCAGCAAACAGUGAGCAAGUUAACUGCAGAAAAGAAGGUGGAAACAAAGAAAAUCAAUCCCACUGCCAGUCUGAAAGAAAGACUACGUCAGAAAGAAGCCAGUGUGACCACCAACUGAAAGAAGACACAUGAAUAUAAUGACAGUGUGACUUAAUACCUAGCAUGAUGCUUCACUCUGCCUAUCUCCUUAGGGACCACCUUAUUUUAGAUGUUAUGGAGUUCUGCUUUGCUCUUCUUUUCCUCAGACAAUCCACAAAAGACUUCUCAAUCCCUUGGUUUAUACAAAAGAGGGGACACAAAGAAGUUUGUUUACAUGUGAAUUAUGAAGUUUUGUAUAACACUUCCCUUAUGUGGCUUUAAAUGCAGCUCUUCUGAUGGAGGUUAUUUAAGUACUCUAUGCAAAAUGUGCAAGUUGUAGAAGGGAGUCAAAAUCAGCAAUUUAAGUAAUAAAUUUAAGCAGCUUUAUGUCAGGAACAAUAGAGGUGUGGGCUAGCUCCAGGAAAUCUCUUGCACCUGUAGUUUGUGGCAUUUAUUGAGUGCAAUGUGGGGUUAAAAUAAUUUUGAUAGUAUCCAAAAGAUGAAUUUUAUCUUCUCUAAAAAUGGUAGAAAGUUAAAUGCAUCAGAUAUAUUCUUUAUUUUAUUACAAAUAUUUUUAUAGGAACUUCCAUUUAUGCCAUAGAAUUAGAAAUACUUUGCAUAUGUGGAGAGAUGAAAAAUCUCACAACCUCUGGUCCUGUUGUAGAUAACAUGCAAGUUGUGUAUUAAGUAAUGAUUUAUAUGUUGCUCUCUGUGUUCUCUUCCUGUUGUCUAAUGGCAGAAGGAAGACUUUCCAUGUCAACAUGAAAUCAGAUUAGUGAUAUUCAAGAAU